UGAGUAUGACUAAAACCAAGAUGGCAGACCUAAGUGCGUCUGAAAAUGAAUCACUUAAUAUACUGGUUUUUGAUUCGCGCCAUUUCCCCCGUCAGGUAAACGCAAGUAAAUACCAAUUCAGGCCCAGAUACAGAAAGCAUGCAGUCAAUGCAGUCGAACUAUUUACUGAAGAAAUAUUUACCAAUAUAAGUGCUGACCAGCAAACCCUGCUCAACUUUCAACGGAUUAAACCUUCAUGCUUGCAGUUGCAGUCAUCACAGAGUUCUACAGGGAACCCAUCCAGCAGCAGUAGCGAGGACGACGAGGACGUGAGCGCCGGUGAUAGAGAGGGUUACAUCUGCGCCGUGUGUUUAGAUGUGUACUUUAGUCCUUACAUGUGCCACCCCUGCAACCACAUCUUCUGUGAACCCUGUCUGAGGACACUGGCUAAGAACAGCCCUACCAACACCCCCUGCCCCCUCUGCAGAACAAUCAUCACACAUGUCUUCUUCCAGAAGGAGCUAAACCAAACAUCGAGGACAUUCUUCCCAAAGGAAUACCUUUCCCGGAAACAGAACUUCCAGAAAGCAAGUUGUGCAAAGUGGCCUCUCCCAAGUUGCCGAAAACUCUUUCGUAUCUUUGGAGGCUUCCAGAGGCAGUCCAGUCCCAUUGCCAGACGCCAGUUCCCCCAUGGAGGAGGCUACCGUCUGGAUGCUCUGGACUUUGAGGAUGACUCUCGAGGCUGGCGCUUUGACAUGGACAUGGUCAUCAUCUACAUUUAUUCAGUCAACUGGGUCAUCGGCUUCUUCAUAUUCUGCUUCCUUUGCUACCUCUUCUUCCCUUCUUUUUGACAAUCCUGGCAACAAUGAUGGAGCAACACAGAAAGAGCAAAGGUUGAGGGUGCUGAAGGAUGACUGUAAAGUAAGGAAUUAAAGAUGAAGCAGAGGCAAGUUUAUAAAGGUGGGAAACUGAGCUGUAGGGUUUAAUGAGAGGGCAAUGAGUGAAUUUCAAGCAGGUGGGAUGGUGUGGUGGAGGGAAAACAACAGUGUGCCAGCUUGUUGUCUCCUAUUAAUAAAUGAUUGAAAUGGGGAAAUGGUGUAGAGGGAUGUUUGGGAAUCCAAUGUUCUCUGUUCUCUGUCUCCACAUGUAGCACAUGUAAUGUGUGUUGCACAGCACGUCCUGUUUCUGUAUGGAGAGGAGUUAAUACAUGAAAAACAUCUAGGUUGUAGUGUUUUACCUUCAGCAUAAUGACAUACAGUCUGUUAAUGCUGAACAUUUUGAUUAUCACCACAGACGACUAGACUACUCAGUCUGAUUACUUUCAAUGACAUUUUAAGCACUAAGUUUCUUCAAGUGCAUAAUUACAACUCAAAAUAUUUCCUUAUUUUAAGAUGUGCAGUCUAUUAAAACAUACUGUAAGGUUUUCAAUGUCAAACAUUUGUGUCUACCUAAAUUUAGGCAUUGAAACAGUAUUUUUCAAUUCUAAUAGAGAAAUGACUGAUGGACUGUGGAAACACAAGCCUGAGAAGCUCUUCUGGUAAUCAAGAAGAGAUCUUUUUUUGUUCUUGUUGAUACUUUUCCCCAAACCCCAGAACACAAUAUGUCAGUACUACUACAGGUACUGCACAAUGACAACAAAACAAAAAAGAAUUAUUAUCGUAACUAAACCACAAUAAAACAGAAAAAGACUAUCACAUGACCGUGCACUUUUUGGGUGGAUUUUCAUGUUUAUGCAUCCUCAGAAUGACCUCAUUAAAUGACACAUUGACUCUUUGGUACGGGUUGAGACCAUGUUUAUGGUUUUAUGAACUUCUGUUUCAAUUUACCUCCAUUCUCCACAACCCUUUUUUCAUUGCCACUUGUGUUAUACAUUAGAGUAUGUCUUGCAAGAUGUAUUUAAUUUGCUGUUUUAUUGAGAAAGAACUUGUUGGUUUUUGUUGUUCUUAAGCAGCCCCCGGAGAAAAUAAUGUUAAGUCACUGUAUUUUUUAUUUUAUUUUUUUUUUACACAGAAACUAAUACAUACAGGUAUGUAGAUGUGGCUUUGAUAGUAAUUUGUAACUUUUAAGUGAUUUCCAAAUUGGUAAGGAAAUCAUACGUCACAGCCAAAUAAAUUACUUUAUUCCUGACA